AUACAAAAAAAAUUCUAAAUUUCAUUGAAUACGUGGCACAAGGCAAAAAGAAAAAUCUAAACAAUUGGGAAAAGUAAGUGCUCCCCUCUCAAUCAUAACUAUUUUCGGUUGAUGGGAUACUUUAAAGACACUCCUAACAUAACAUAACAAUAAAUUAGUUUAUUUGCUGUUUAAUUAGUUUUUUGUUCAUCUACAUCCGCAUAUAAUAUUCUUAUAGAGUGCGUGUGAAGUGUUGGGUGGUAGCGAUUAUAAACGCAGUAACCAAACGAAAAAAAUUUAAAAGAAUCGAGACGUCAAAGGAAUAUGUUUGCUAAUAUCAAAAACCGUUUGGCUUCGGUUAUAGCGCCUGAUAUGCCAGCACUGCCUUCAUCUAGUGAUCAUCAUCACGCACAUCGCAUUACUUCAAGUAGUUAUCAUCAACGUUUAGUCCAUCAGCAACAGUUGCAAGAUAAAUUUACCUACAGCCGCCCUCAUUUUUUGCAAUUACUUACACCCGAUGAAUUGAAGGCGUCAGCUGACCACAACGUCAGACCAAUCAUUGUGCCACGUGAUAUAUCAUUGCUACCGUGGGGGACAGGCUAUGCUGAGUGUGUCAAUUCCGGUAAAUCUGAGUGGAACGAAGAUCAAGGAGCUUUUUGUCGCCAGGUGUUAUCAGAUCCAACCCACCGCUAUCCCGAUUUACCAUACACCUAUUUCGGUAUAUUUGAUGGGCAUGCCGGUUACGGUGCUGCUUUGGCUGCUUCACAUCAAUUUCAUUACAUAUUACAUGAAAAGCUGGUGGAUUGUUUAGAGAUGUUGUUACUACGUGAGGGUAUGGAGGAUGUGGCUCACACAUCUCUUCACAGCCCGAAUACUGCAAAUAGUAUUCCACAUCCAAGUCAAUUUCAUCGUACAGUUUCCAAAGAUGAACUCAUCAUGGGAGCUUUGGAAAGUGCCUUUUUCCACAUGGACGCUCUGAUAGCUCAAGAUAAAGAUCGUUAUCGGGACGCUGGGGGCUGUACGGCUUGCGUAUCACUGUUUAUAAACGGAAAGAUGUACGUUGCAAACGCAGGGGACAGUAGGGCAGUACUAUGUCAACGUAAAAUAUCUGUUGAAAAUGAAAAGAUACCGAAUGCCGAGGCAAUCGGUUCGGAGGGCUCCUAUGCGAUACCUUUCUCUUUUGAUCACACUCCUGAAACAGAAAGAACCCGUCUGUUGGGUGUAGCUCAGUAUAAGCCACAUCUAAUGGGAAAAUUCUAUGUAGCCAUGGAAUAUGCGAAAAGACCGCAUGAAAAAGACUUGGGCCAACGUAUAUUAUGUCGUCAAGGCACAAUGAAAGGAUGGACCUACAAAACGUUAACACGAGACGAUUUAAGAAUGCCGGUGGUAACUGGCGAAGGAAAACGUUCUCGCUUACUUGGCACUCUAGGAGUAACAAGGGGUUUCGGUGAUCAUGAUCUUUUAGCAAUCGCAACUGGUACUUUACUUAAACCAUUCCUAACACCACAGCCAGAUGUUAAAUAUAAAGAUCUCACAAAAAUCGUCAGCAUUCCAGAUGAACAAAAUGAAGACGGUGAUUAUGGAGUAUUAAUUAUGGCGACUGACGGUUUGUGGGACGUGUCGGAAAAUGAUGCGGUGGCCCGUACGGUAUUUCAAACACUACACAAAUAUCCUACAGAAAGACAUCGUUAUACUAUGGUAGCUCAGGAACUUGUAGCGAAAGCACGUGGGAAAAUUAACGAUUACGGACAUUGGCGUUUAGCCGAUAGUAAGGCGGCUGCUACCGUAGAUGACAUUUCUGUGAUGGUUAUACCCGUUUAUCAGUAUUAUAAGGAGCAUAUCGAAUGGGAGCAACGGUGUGCGCGGGAAUAUCGUGAACGUUUAAAACAAGAGCAACUUGCUCAAUCGGCUGUCGAAGCUAAGGAAGUAGAUGCUGCUAACACUGCGGGUGUCCUGGUAAAUGGUACAACAGAAAUGGCUCAAGUGAUAGUAGAAUCACCUUCUUUAGGGCAUGAAACAGUUGAAAAGCUAUCUAGAGAAAAUGAACAGGAUGCAGGUACUCUACAAACUAAAGAGCAAAUGGAGAAAAAUGUCAGUAGGAUCGCUAAUAAUGCGGAGGAGCAAGUUAAGGAGACAGUGCAAGAAAUCAUAAACAAAGUUACUGAAGAACUUGAUACAGUAAAUUUAAUCGAAAAUAAAUCGACGGCGAACGAAAAAGCCUUCGUAGUGCAGAGCAAGUCGCCAAAUAAAACAAAACGCCCGAAACGUCAAGAGGAUAAAAACAGACAGCCUGAUAAACGUUAGCAAAUGAAACGCUCGACUACUUUAUAUGUACACCUCUAUAUCUAUAUAUAUAUAUAUACGUAUUUAAAAUUAAUAUAUAAAAUUAUACAUAUAUAUAUAUAUAUAUGUAUAUGUAUGCAUAGAUAGAUAUUUGGAAAAGGAACACACAACAGCAUUUUUGUGUUUUAGUUUUUUGGUAUGUAAAGCUAGUUACACACAGUAAAACGAUAACAACUGCGUUCGUAGAUAAUAAGAUUGAAAUUAAUUUAUAAAAUUAAUUAUAAGGGCCGUAUUCUUACCGCGCAUGUAGAGAUCAACUAAAACAAGACAGUUCUCAAAAUGUAGGCGUUACGGACGCACAUACACAUACCUCCUCCACUCCCUCUUUUUUCCACAUACACACACACACACACACACACAUACACAAACACGCACCUACACACUUACAUAUGUAAUUAAGCUUUGCAAUGAACGAACCCCUAUACCUUCCUUGAAAAAAUUGAUUCUCCUCUUUUGAUAGAAUUUAACUGUAAAUUAUUUUAAAUAUAAAUUUCACUAAAAAAAAAAAAGAAAACAGUAACGAAUAAGCAAAUCAUACUUAAUGAGUGAAUAUUAUUACAUAGCUUGUAAAUUCUUAGACAAAAACUAAAAAAUAAAAUCAACGAUAAAUGCAAUAUGGACAAACAACAAAAACAUUUUAGUACAUAUGGUAUUGAUAUGUAAUUAAAUUGAUUAAUAAUAUGCAUAAGAUUAUCAAAAGUAAUAAAAAAGGAAAAAAAAAGAAAACUUAAAAAUUAUCCCAAAAACUAACUUUUAAUAAAAAGCAAAAAUAAACCCUUUAAAUUACAUUCUCCUACAUGUUGUUUGUCAGUUGAAGAAAAA